AUGUCUUCCAAGGAGCGGCUAGGCUCGAAGCAUCAUACUCGAGUGAGCCAAGGCGUGUCAACUAAUGGAACAUCAUCAUCGAGGCACCACGAGACCAUCUCUUCAACAUCUGAUCACCGUCAUCAUCAUCAAGACCACCGGACUUCCCAUCCCGAGAUCCUAGAAAGCAAGAUUGCAGCUCGAGCUGCUGAGAUAGACCGCCUCUCUAGUGACAACCGGAAACUAACCACAAGCUACGUAGCUCUCAAGGAAGACCUAACCGUGGCUGACCGCGAAGUCCAGGGUCUAAGAGCUCACAUCAGAAAGACUGACACAGACUGCGAGAUUCAGAUCCGAGGGACCCUUGACAAAAUAGCGAAAAUCGAGGGGAUUGUCAAGAACAGAGACAAUAUCAGGAGAGAGCUCCAAUUAGCUCACAUUGAGGCUCAUAAGCUGGCGAGUGAACGUGAAGAGCUUGCUUCACAGGUGAAGUUAGCAUUAAAGGAGUUGAAGAAGGUUUGCAUUGAGGCAGAGGGUUUAGAGGAAUCGACACAAGAGCUUGAGCGGUUAAAAGACGAGCACCAGAGAUUACGGGAAGAGUUUAAGGAAGAGAAGAGCGGGAACGUAGAGAAACUUGGACAAUUGAAAGAGAUGGAAAGGAAGAUAAUCGGAGCAGUACAAACUAUUGAGAAGCUGCGAAGUGACAUCGCAACCGCAAGAAGCAAAGCAGUCGAGAAUUGA